CUCACUCCCUCACUCACUCACCCGGUCAUAGCUGUAAGCAAGGAAGUAGCUAGCAAUGGCGGGGCUGAGCAGGGCGGCAAUGCUGGCCACGGCGAUGGGCCUGAUCGUGGCAGCGCUGCUGUUCCCGGCAGCUAUGUCGACGCGGCCGUCCUUGAUCUCGAUGACCACCGGCGGCAUCCGGCAACUCCCCGACGGCCUGUCAUAUGACUUCUACAAGGAUACGUGCCCCACCCUGGAGAUCAUGGUGCGCGAGGCCGUGGAGAGGGCGAUUGAGAGCGAUGUUGGGGUUGUCGCUGGCCUCCUCCGAAUCUUUUUCCACGACUGCUUCCCCCAGGGCUGCGAUGGGUCGAUUCUACUGACCGGAGCAAACAGCGAGCUGAAGAUGCCGCAGAACGUGGGGCUGCGGCAGAGCGCACUGGACCUCAUCGAGAGCAUCCGCGAGACGGUGCACCAGGAAUGCGGGGCCAUCGUCUCGUGCGCCGACAUCUCCAACCUCGCGACCAAGCACGCCGUGAUGCAGUCCGGCGUGCCGGGGAACCUGGUGCCAGGGUACCUACUGCCCCUCGGCCGCAAGGACAGCCUCGGGCCGGCCACAACCCAGCAAGUCAGGGCCAUUCCCAGCCCCGACCUCGACGUCAACCAGCUCGUCGAAGCCUUUGCCAGCCGCGGCCUGAACGAGGUCGACCUCGUCGCGCUCUCCGGCGCGCACACCAUCGGCAAGGCGAGCUGCGGCAGCUUCAUGAACCGCGAUGGCGAGAACGACGAGUUCGUGCAGAGGCUCAAGAACAACUGCACUUAUUUCCCUGUCGCCCCCCUGCAGGACCUCGACGUCACCACCCCUAACACCUUCGACAACUAUUACUACAAGAACCUCCAGAACAGGACGGGUGUGCUCCACUCCGACAUGCAGCUCACCCUCAACGCCACCAUAAACCAGUUGGUCGACUUCUUCGCCGCCGACCAGGGGUGGUUCUUCUCGACCUUCAGCACCUCCAUGAGCAAUCUCGCACAUCUGGAAGGCAAACCGGCCAUAAUAGGGGAGGUCCGCCGCAACUGCUUCAAGGUUAACGGGCUGGAACUGACCGCCCCUAACACCUUCGUCGCCUCUGCUUAAGGCCUCGAUCUUAUGGCAUGCCGCGCGCCAUGCCAUGUCGAUCAUGAAAUAAGAGCGCUACCCUAGCUCAAUUUCCUUUCUUGAUUACAAUCCGCGCGCGCGCGUAUGCCCACCUAGCUAGAUAGUCCUAGAGCCACUCGCGGCCGGCGGGCCUCUCUUGCUUGUACCAUUUCCUUUUCAGCAACUUUGUCAAUUUCCUGCUUCCCUUUGUUGGAGCGGCUAUCAAGUUUCGUUUGGUUCAUCUUCUUCGAAGAACGUACUUACACGGUACACUUUCCUUUU